GUUCGAGAAAACUCACGGCUAUAACAUAGAACAAUAAUUCAAGUCUCUAUUUAUAUUUGGCAAAAAUGACGUCCAAAACUGAAAAUGGAAAAUACGUCAAAAGCCCAUUGGAAAACAAACUGUCGUUCAAGCUUCUGAUUAUCGGGGACAGGGGUGUGGGUAAGACCAGUCUCCAGCUUAGAUUCUGUAACGACACCAUAGAAUAUCACCCCUGUUCGCUCGCUAUUGACUAUAGAUACAAAACAGUAACAAUGAAUGGGAAGAUGAUAAAACUCCAAAUAUGGGACACUGCGGGCCAAGAACACUUCCACACACUCAGGAGGCCCUUCUACAGAGGUACCCAUGGAGUAAUCAUCGUAUUCGACCUCACUGACAUGGAGACGUUCCAGAACGUGGAACGCUGGACGAAGGAAGUGGAGGAAUAUGGCGAAAGUCACGUGGUCAAACUCAUCGUGGGCAACAAGUUGGAUCUCAAGGACAAGCGCGUGGUCACCUUCGAGAUGGGAAAAGAACUGGCAGACCGGCUUGGCGCACCAUAUUUCGAAACAAGCGCUUUGGCCUCUACCCACGUGAAGCCGGUCUUUAUGAUCUUGACGGCCAAGAUAAAGCAGGUGUUUGAGAAGGGCGGCUUCACCCAGUUGACCGAUUCCUUUAGGCUCUCAGAUGAGAAACCUAUGUCCGGGAAUGUUUGGGACUGCGGCUGCUGAGUCGGACACCUACAUCAAGUUUUCCCAGCCAUACCAGACUACAUGUAUAUGAUGAUUAAAUUUGAACAUAAUAUGUGCUUUUAAUAAUAAUCUUCCGAUCGCUGGAUCGUUUUUUUUUUACCUUGCGCUGGUGAAAACUGCUUUUAAAGUGACACUCUUAUUCAAAAGCAAUACAUACACAUGUUUUACAAACAUAAAUGUUGAGUGACCUUUAACUAUUUUUUAAUUAUUAACGCAAAAAUAUUAAAUGAUUGGUGAGUGCUAAAAGAUUAACUGUGAUCUACUUUCGUCUCAUAAGGUAGAAAUACCGUGUUUUCUGGAACAUUCUUUCAACUUCAACUCGGUAUCCUUCAUAAGAACAGUUGUUUUCGACAUUUAUUCAUCCUUUUCAGUAUAUUAAAACAACUGUAUUAAUUUUGAUAAAUCUUAAUUUGGGAGUAAGAGUGCAUAUUUAAUGGAAAUGUAUUGAAUAUGGGACGUAUGUGCAAACUUAUACAUGUACUUACAUGAAUAUGAUUUAUCACUUAUAACAGUACAAGAACAGCUAGUGCGUGGAUCAAAAAUGUAGAAAUAAGGAAUUGUUCUAAGAUUCUGCUCUGAAAUAAUUGACACAAAAAACACGAGUCAAUGACGUCUUGGAAUGGACAGAUCUUGGGGCAGAAUGAAUUGCCUCUGAUUAAUAAUGCCAAGACAAGACCAAGACAUUUGUUUUUAAUUGUUUCGUUGUAUUAUGUUUUUCAGUUCUAUACCUCUUGCUUGUAAUACACUUAAACACUGACAUUUUUGCUCUUCAAUUAUUUACGAAUUAUUAUCGUGAUACGCACAGCAAAUAUAUGCAAAAUUCUCUAACCUGGAAUCAAACAGUGUUUCAAAAAUAGCGACAACUUACAAACGCUCAUUCGGAGCUCCUCGGCCAUUUUUUUCAAAAACAACCUCGGAUUAUGCCGGUACAUCAGCUGAAGUAGUUCGCAUUUUUUAAAUUAUAUCGUUGAUUAAUUUUAGUGUUUUAGAGUUGUAUAAAUUGAUCUAAGUUUAAAUUGAUUACCAGUGAAGUGUAUUAAUGCAAACCUAAUUAAGAUUUUCAAGAGUAAAGACAUAAAGUUUAACUGCUAAAUAAAAUUACUACGCGAUCUACUUGCAGCGGACUUAAACGUACCUCUUUUUGAGUAUGUAAACCGUCCAAAUACAUCCGAGGUUGUUUUUGAAAAAAAUGGCCGAGGAGUUCCGAAUGACAAACGCUGGAAGUCUAUUUUUCUA